AAGGCGUUACGAUUGUGCGGGCUCUUCAUUUUAUGUCUUUGAAAUGUGGUGCUAUCAGCCAAUCACAUUUCCUGUUAACCUCUUCUGUCCAAUAGCCAAGCAACGUUCUUACAUUUUCGUCAGAGACCAGAAAGUUUUCGAAAUGGGUCUCGAAAGUACUAUGGUCUGUGUGGACAAUAGUGAGUAUAUGCGCAAUGGCGACUUCCUGCCCACUAGACUACAAGCCCAGCAAGAUGCUGUCAAUAUCGUCUGUCACUCCAAAACUCGGGCAAACCCAGAGAACAAUGUCGGCCUCAUCUCGAUGGCUAAGCUUGACUGCAGUAACUGUGAGGUUUUGACCACACUGACCCCGGAUGCGGGCCGCAUCCUGUCCAAACUGCACGCUAUCCAGCCCAAAGGCAAGAUCUGCUUCUGCACUGGCAUCCGGGUGGCCCAUCUGGCCCUAAAGCACAGACAAGGGAAGAACCACAAGAUGAGGAUCAUUGCCUUUAUAGGAAGCCCUGUGGAGGACAAUGACAAGGAUCUUGUAAAAAUGGCCAAGCGCUUGAAGAAAGAGAAGGUCAAUGUGGAUAUUAUAAAUUUUGGGGAAGCGGGUAUGGUAGUAGGUGCCAGGUGCACCGGUUUGUGCCAAGAACUGCAACGCUGCUGGGUUUUUCACGCUCAACAGUUUCCUGUGUGUUUCAAGAAUGGUCCACCACUCAGAGGACAUCCAGCCAACUUGACACAACUGUGGGAUUCAUUGGCGUCAACGUGGGAGUUCAACACAGAGAAGCUGACCGCCUUCAUCAACACUCUGAACGGGAAGGAGGGGAUGGGCUCCCGCCUGGUGACUGUACCCCCAGGGCCCAGCCUGGCUGACGCCCUGCUCUCUUCCCCUAUCCUGGCUGGAGAGGGAGGCUCCAUGAUGGGCCUAGGCGCCAGCCACUUUGACUUUGGCGUGGACCCCAGCGCUGACCCCGAGCUUGCUCUGGCUCUGCGUGUGUCCAUGGAGGAGCAGAGACAGAGGCAGGAGGAGGAGGCUCGCCGGGUGGCUGUUGCUUCUGCAGCCGAUGUCACCACAGUGUACGAAUCUGAGGAGGCCCUGCUAAAGAUGUCGGUGACUCAGCCUGAGACUGGUGGAGCUGCAGUACUGCCUGACUGCAGCAAUAUGACCGAGGAGGAGCAGAUUGCAUACGCCAUGCAGAUUUCCCUGGCUGGAGAAGAGUAUGGAGAUGUGAUGGCUAUGGACACAGGUGCCCCCAUGGACACUGAGAAUGCCAAGGAGGACGAUGACUAUGAUGUAAUGCAGGACCCAGAGUACCUCCAGAGCGUUCUGGAGAACUUGCCAGGCGUCGACCCUAACAAUGAGGCCAUCCGAAACGCCAUGGGCUCCCUGGCCUCUCAGACAGGCCCACCCAAGCCUGACAGCAAAAAGGACGAGGAGAAGAAGAAAUGAGGAAUGGGGACAGACAGAUUGACGACACCCAUGUGGUUGCGUACGAAAUGGCACCCUUUUCCCUAAAUAGUGCACUACUUUUGACAGCGCACUGGUCUAAAGUAGUGCACUAUAAGGAAUAGGGUGCCAUUUCAGAUGAAACCAUGGACAACCAGACAAAGACAGGGUAGUUGACACUGACAGACUAAUGCAGGGUUACAUACAGGAACACAGUUGGACGGACACUAAUGCAUGAUAUGACUUACUGAUGACGGACUGUCGACAAUAUCCACAAGCACACACACAUAGACCAGACAACAGUAAGACCAAACUGGGAUGCCACCAGUCUUUACUGCCAUUCAAUUGGAUAUGAUCUUCUUAUCUGCAUAUAAUCUCAGUGUAAUAGACAUCAUUUCUGGUUUCUCACUGAUUUACCCUGUCUUAACUGACUUACUCGCUAAGUGGCAUUUAAUGACAGGUCCCCAAGCUUGUAAACUAAACAGUAUCCUUUUUUCAUUUCUUUUUUUUCUUUCUGUUGCAAUAAAAAAGAUGGAUGAAGGUUGUUGGUAUGAAUGUUUUCUUUUAUGACCCUCUCAACUCCAUAUAGCUAGAACAGGAACGUUUUAUAAGAGAACAUGUUUCCCAUGCCAAUAAAGCCCUUACAUUGAAAUUGAA